AUGGCAGUAAUCAACCAAGCAGCAGCCAAGCUCCGCGCCCAACUCUUCGAGUCGGAUGAUCUCAUCGUCUGUCCCGGCGUUCAAGAUGGUCUCUCCGCGAGGGUUUGUCUUCAGCAGGGUUUCAAGAAUCUGUACAUGACUGGCGCCGGAACCGCCAUCUCCCUCCUAGGCAUGCCUGACCUUGGCCUUACCACCGCCGACGACAUGGUCCGCCAAGCGUCCAUGCUCUCCUCCCUCGACCGCUCCGUACCCCUAAUUGCCGACAUCGACACCGGCUUCGGCGGGCCCGUCAUGGUUGCCCGGACCGUCGAGCGCUACAUCUUGGGUGGUGUAGCCGGCCUCCACCUCGAAGACCAAGUAACCACCAAGCGGUGCGGCCACCUGGGAGGCAAAGAGAUGGUGGACGUAGCGACCUUUGUCGCGCGCAUCCGUGCGGCCCGCGAAGCGAGGGAGAGACUGGGAAGUGAUUUGGUCAUCAUCGCCCGCACCGACGCGCUUCAGUCCAUGGGGUUCGAUGAAGCCCUAACUCGCCUCAAGGCCGCCGUGGAAGCCGGCGCGGACGCCGUGUUCUUGGAAGGCGUCAAGGAUCGGGAACAGAUGGCCAAGUUCACAAAGGCCAUGGCCCCAACCCCGUGCUUGAUCAAUCUCGUUCCUGGAGGACUGACGCCCUUGGUGAACGCCAAAGAAGCGAAGGAGUUGGGGUACAGAAUCGCCAUCUGGCCGUGCUUUGCCAUGACGCAUGCGUACUUGGCUUACCAGAAGGCAGCGAAGGAGUUGCUGGAGACGGGGGCGGUGACAGCUGGCUUUACCGAAAAGCAAAAGGGCGAAGGGGAGAAUGCGGAGCAGGUUCCCGGUGGGAUUAGAGAGCUUUUUGAGCUUUGCGGAUUGAGUGAGUGCGUCGAGUUCGAUAAGAAGAUGGGUGGACAGACGUUUUCGAAGGGGGUUUAA